CGUGCACGCACGUUCAUUGCAAUGCCACUCUUGCAUUGGCCAUGCAUGAGGGAGGGUUCGGGGUUUCGGGGAUGUCGUGGACGGAAUGUGCCCGAGGUUGCUGAAUCCCUACACCGCUAUAGUCAUUUCACUCAAAGGGGCCAUGUCGGAGCUGGAGGGGGAUUCCAGACAUAGAGCCAGAGUAGAUAGAGAGGAGCAGCAGUUGUUUCUCGGAAGUUCAAAAGUCGAAAACUCGAGCACUUGUGUUGUUAUCUCCAUGUGACUUUUAUCAUCACGUGCUAAUCUGGAUGCUCAAUUUCGAUUCAGCUUCCUAAAGCUUCCCUCAAGAGCUGCAGCUCCUCAGUUGCUUGGUCGUGGCUAUCACUGAAUCGUUCUAUCUGGAAAUGAAAUGAGUCGCAGCGUACAGUUAACUUGUUCUUGACAGACAGAAUGUCGAAGCGACACGCGGAUCUGCUGUUUUCAUUCCGUCCACUCCUCAGGCGGGCCAUUCACGUACAAGAGUACAGAGUGCACGUAUCUGGCAUACCUAGGAUAUGCCAUCGAUGCCUCAGUACCGACGCUAAGCCUACACCAUCGGGCCGCAAUAGUAAUCCAGCGGUCCCGAAACCGUCACCAGAUCUCUCGCAUUUAAAUCCCCCGCCUGAUGACUAUUCUCGGUUCAUAUUCCAGGACAAAUGUCGAUCCGUUAUUUAUGCCGGAUCCGGCGGUAACGGGUGCGUGUCCUUCUUGCGGGAGAAAUAUAUCGAGGAAGGUCCUCCGAAUGGCGGUGACGGGGGCAGUGGCGGGAGUGUCUAUAUCCAGGCAGUUGAAGGUCUUACCAGUCUACACAAACUCGCCCGCAGAGGUGUCAUCAGAGCUGGUCGGGGGAAGCAUGGUCAGGGCAAGAGCAAGGGCGGCAAACGAGGGACCGAUGUUCUAAUACAGGUUCCCGUCGGUACCGUCGUGCGGGAAAUAGACCGAUAUGACCCUGUCGCGGAGGUGGAGAACCGCUUGCGGGAAGUCUCUAUUGAACUGGACGAGGAUGGCGAACUUGAGAUGCCCUCCAUCGAUCGUAAUCGCUGGGUGCUCUAUCCCGGGUCGAAGCCUUCCGAUUUCUUGACCACGAAAUUUCCGAAGCCCGUCCCUCGGAGGCAAAACAUCGCCGCCAUGGAACCCAAGGCUCCCAUCUAUCUAGACCUCUCGCAACAUAUGGACAAACCCAUCCUACUGGCUGCUGGCGGUGUUGGAGGACUGGGCAAUCCGCACUUUGUCUCCCGAUCGAUGACUCGGCCGAAAUUUGCUUCCAAGGGAGAAGGGGGUGUGAGACUAGAACUUGACUUUGAGCUCAAGUUACUGGCGGAUGUCGGGUUGGUAGGGAAGCCUAACGCCGGGAAGAGUACACUACUCCGGUCCUUGACCAACAGCCGCACACGCAUUGGGAAUUGGGAAUUCACUACUCUAUCCCCUAGUAUCGGCACCGUUGUCAUUGAUAACCAUACGGGAAGGCCUCUCGUCGAAUCCAAGGGGAAAAUUCCCCGAACAAACUUCACCAUCGCAGAUAUCCCCGGUCUCAUUGAGGAUGCCCAUCUUGACCGUGGACUUGGCCUAGGAUUUCUGCGUCAUAUUGAGCGCGCUCGCACGUUGGCCUUUGUUGUUGAUCUGAGUACUGAUGAUCCAGUAGAAGGGCUUAAGAUAUUAUGGAACGAACUCGGCCAAUACCAACGGUUGCGCGACUUGGAGGUUCCCCCAGAAAGCGAUGAAACCAAUGACGUCCGUGGUCUUCCAGAAUUGAACGUCCAGCAUGGUGAUGAUGUCGGGGUUGAUAUUACGCCGCUUCGACUGAAACCACUUCCUCCCCUCACGCUCCCAUCUAUUCAUACAAAGCCAUGGUUUGUUGUUGCUACAAAGGCAGAUCUUCCGGAGACGCGGACCAAAUUCGAGUACUUGCAAGAAUAUCUUUCCCUCGUCGAGCGGGGUCUCGUUGAGCUUCCAGGAUCCCUGAACCAGAAGAGAUGGAAUAAGAAAAUUCAUGCGGUUCCAGUAAGCGCUAUCAGGGGAGAGGGUGUCAGUCGUAUUCCGAAACUGGUCAUGGAGUUUCUGGACGAGUGAUUGAUCCAUAGGGGAGGCUUUGUUUGUAGCGCACACAUGCAACUUUUGGCAUCAAUUGGGCAUAAAACGGGAGGCGUUCAUUGCUUUGAUGCUAUACAUUGUGACUCUGUCAUAUUCCUUCAUGCAGUCAUGGUUCUUGGGAUAUCCAUGUAAAAUAGCUGGCUUCGUCUUUAUCGCCGCAGUAGCAUAGGCAUCUAUACGCACAUAGUUGAUCGCAGAUAUUUUUGAUCAAAG